AUGCAAAUGAUCAAUGAAAAUGCAAUAACACAACGACCAUUAAUCCAUUUUAUACAAGAGAUUAAUAAAAUGAAUAAAUACAAUGUAAUUAUAGACAACUCGAAUGAUAAUGACAAUGAUCCAAUAUAUAUUGAACCACCAACAACUACUACAGUAACUCAAAAUGCCGAAUCGUUAUCAAUAGAGAAAAAUAUUUUCAACUUACCGAAAAUACCACGCAUUCAAAAAUCAUUCACUAUAGCUACACAAACAGAGAACACAAAUAAUACACCUGUUCCUGAUACACCAACUGAAGAUGAACAGCACUGA